AUGAGUCGACUGCACAGCGGUGCCCACGAGAAGGGAGACGACGCGCCCGAGCCCAUCCACCUCGAUGCCGACCGUCAGUCAUCCACAGCAGACAGUCAUGACGCGGAGAAGCAGGGUCUGCGCGCUCAGCAAAAGGAGGAAGCCCAAGCGAACAGCGACGAGGCCAAAGCAGAAGGCUCGACGGACGGCGAACCUGCAGGAGGCUACGAUGCGACACCAGUACCGCGAGCGCCGCCAGGGUGGACCGUCAAGAUCACCUUCCACCGCGCGACGAAUCUGCCCAUGGCCGACGUCAACUCGCUGUCAUCGGACCCCUUCGUGCUAGCCCAGAUCAACACUGCGAUGCCAAAGCGUCAUAAGGAAGACCCUUUGCUACGCAUGCGCACCCCCACCAUCCGUCGCAACACCGACCCUGAGUGGAACUUUGACUGGAUUGUCGGCAACAUCCCGUCGUCGGGCUUCAAGCUCAAGGCUCGCGUUUACGAUGAGGACCCGAAUGACCAUGAUGAUAGACUGGGCAAUGUUCACAUUUCGAUCCAUGACAUCAACGAGAACUGGCCUGGAAUUGAAGAGCAGCCAUAUAAGAUUAUGAAGCGCUCGGGUAGCAAGCGAGCCUAUGCCAUUCGCGCUGUCGCUGCCUGUAUGAGCAAGGCCAAGUCCAUGCACGGCGACCUCUACGUCAGUAUCAAACUGCUCGGUCGCACUGAUAUCGACAACGGCGGCCACGUCUUUACUAUUGGCCCUUCAUGGUGGAUCAAGCAUCAAGCUCCCAUGCUCGGGCGUCUCGCCGGCCGCAAAGAGCCCACUGGAGGCGCUACCGAGUCCGAAAAGGAAAAGAACAAGACCGAACGCUACAACUUCCAGGCCAACCAGAUCCAAUUCCGCGGUCCUGUGCCUGAUGGCCUUUACCACCGCUACGUCGAGUUCCGUCCUUUUGUCAAGGCCAUGUUUACCUCCACCGGCGUCCGCGGCUUCGUCCUGUCGAAAGCCCUGCACCACCAACACGCUCGAGUCUACAAUUUCGACCGCACAACAAAAUGGGGUCACUUCCCCCAAGGUCCCUGCAAAGAAAUGACACAAGCCUUCCUCGACCUCGUCCACUACGACGAAGGCGGCCGCAUCUUCACCUACGUCCUCUCCCUCGACUCGCUCUUCCGCUUUACAGAAACCGGAAAGGAGUUUGGAAUCGACAUGUUGAGUAAACACACCAUGCACAGCGACGUCAGCGUGUACAUUGCCUUUUCUGGCGAGUUCUUCAUCCGAAGACUGAAAUACAAGAACAAGCCUCCACCACCAGAUGCAGCAGAUUCUGGCAGUGCGGGCAGUGAGAAUGGCGACUCUGCACAUACUGACGGUGCGAAUGAAUCACAUCCCCCUCACGACCUCGACAAUGGCCCUCCAAACGACGAACCGCCAAAAGAUCCCGCUCACUACCAACUCGUCAUUGACAACGACAGUGGCACAUACCGCCCCAAUGCCAAGAUGCUACCUCUGCUCAAAAAAUACCUCGCCGCCAACCUCCCAGGUCUACACAUCCAGACCCUCGACUGCCAAGCCGACGAGCAGAAGAUGAAUCGCAUGAAAAAGGCACAACGCGACAAGAAAAAGAAAGAAGGUGAUCAGAUCGUCUAUGCACAGGCCGGUAGCGACGCGAGUAAAGCUGCAGGAGAGGAAGAUGCAGCUGGCGGUGGUGCAACAGGGCUUGCGCAUCAAUUGAAGCAGGAUGCUGGCUUCAAGGGGAAAGCGAGGUUGGAUCAUUGGAAGCAUAAUUUACCUGGGCAGGCUAGAGAUUGA